AUGUCUGCAACAUCGGCAUCUAUUCUCGAUCAUCUUGAUAAAAUCGCUGUCAUUGCUGGCGGUUUGUUUGCAGGUACAGCUUUAUAUAUGACUAUUGGUGAAGUUCCAGCUUUGAAUGCAUUGGGUCUUGAUGUACAUUGGCGAUUUUUUCCAUAUAUGUAUGAAAGAGCAGCUUUAUCACAAUCGAUAUUUGGUGCAACGGCUGGUAUUGCAGGUGUUUUACAUGGGACACGUAUUAUUGGUACACAAUAUUAUCGUAAUUUAUGGAUUACUGCUGGAACAAUAUUUCUUGGCAUGAUUCCAUAUACAAUCAUUUGCAUGCUUCCAACAAAUAAAAUGAUAAUUGCAGAUAAUAAACGUGUUCAAUCAGGAAGUGAAAGUCAAAUUAAUGUUAAUACAAGAAAAGAAUUAUUAGAUAAAUGGGCUAUACUUCAUUCGGUUCGUACUAUUGGUUCACUUAUUGGUUUUGGUGCUAUGGUAUUUGGACUUAGUCAUCAUAAAAUACUUCGUUUAGGAUGGUAG